CCCUCCCCAGUGGCCCGCCUGUAGUCGACGUGUGUGUGUGGGGUCGGCCGGGCCCUAGUAUGUGAAGAGUGAGUUUCUAAAGAAUGAUGGGAGAGGGAAGUCUGCGCUCUGAAGGGCCGGAAAACGAGCUCUCGUCCUGUCCCUGGGUGGCUGGAGACCGUGGGCAAGGCGCCUUCCCCGUGUCCCCCUGGGGGUACGCAGCGAGCGCCUUGGGACGUGGAGCGCCAAGGCCGGUCCAGCGCCCGCGAGACCCAGUGUUCCUGCUUUCAGCGAAAUACUUUCAGCGUGACAAUUCGGCACGUUUUCUAGAGCUGCAGGGAGGGUAGCGACAGCGGCUCUUCCGGUUUUUGUUUGUUUAAAUCCUGCCGCUCUCCCCAGCCCCGCCCCGGGCCUGCCCGCCGACGAGCUGACGCCGCGCGGCCUCAGCCCGCCCCUUCCCCGGGCUGCUCCUGCUCCGUCGCUGUCGCUCUGUAAUUGCGUUCUGCAGUUGUUCCGGCGUUGGUUUGGAUCUUUCUGGAAGGGAGGCUGUCACAAAUGAAGACUCUAUUUCAGCCCAGUGAAUAAAAUCCAUAAAAGUUAUUUUGUUCUUUAACAUUUCUUUUGGACGCUCACUGAUGGAUGAUGUGUCCUCCCUGCCGGAAGCUGUGCGAAGAGGUGGAAAUACAAGGAGGAUUGGCAUCGGUUUUUACGCAUUAGUCCCACAGCAGAUGGCCUUAGUCAUCGUUUUCCCGUUCUUGUAAGACCACCUGAUAAUCGAUGUCUGUGACUCAGUGAACCAAAUUUUUUCCCUAUGCUAAAUUUUUCAGAAGCAUCAAAUAAUGUCAUCUGAAAUGUUGCCAGCAUUUGUUGAGGCUUCUAAUGUUGAAAGAACGCAAGACUUAAGUGAGGAUCAAGAGGAGAGCCAGAAGCCAAGAUCAGGUGAAGGGUUGGAACCAAUAUCUAAACGACAAAUGAAGAAGCUAAUAAAGCAGAAACAGUGGGAAGAACAACGAGAACUCCGCAAACAAAAGCGAAAGGAAAAACGCAAGAGAAAGCAAUUAGAGCGACAUUGUCAACAGGACUCAAACUCAGAUGGAAAUGACAGAAAACGUAUUCGAAGAGAUGUUGUUCAUAGUACACUCCGCCUUGUCAUUGACUGCAGUUUUGACAGCUUGAUGGUGUUAAAGGACAUUAAGAAACUUCAUAAGCAGAUUCAACGAUGUUAUGCAGAAAAUCGACGAGCACUGCAUCCUGUGCAGUUUUACUUGACAAGCCAUGGAGGCCAGUUGAAAAAGAACAUGGAUGAAAAUGACAAAGGAUGGGUCAACUGGAAGGAUAUCCACAUCAAACCAGAUCACUAUAGUGAAUUCAUAAAGAAAGAAGACCUGAUUUAUCUUACGUCAGAUUCACCUAAUGUCCUGAAGGAAUUAGAUGAAUCCAAGGCCUAUGUGAUCGGAGGGUUAGUGGAUCACAACCAUCACAAGGGACUCACAUAUAAACAAGCAUCAGAGCAUGGAAUUGAUCAUGCGCAGCUUCCCCUUGGAAAUUUCGUGAAGAUGAAUAGUAGAAAAGUUUUGGCAGUUAAUCAUGUGUUUGAGAUUAUUCUGGAAUAUCUGGAAACCAGAGACUGGCAGGAAGCAUUUUUUACCAUCUUACCCCAGCGGAAAGGAGCUGUUCCCACAGACAACGCCUGUGGAAGUUCCUCACAUAACAAGAAGCCUGCCAGAGUUGGAGGUGGACUGGACAGUGAUUCCAGUGAAGAGGAAAAUAGCGGAAAUGAACUGGAUUCACCACGUGAGGAAGAAAAUCGGGAUAAAGAAAACAGCACUGAAUCUGCCAUGAACUCUAUACCACACUAAUGUCAUCUGGGAUCUUUGUUUUUUAGUUAAAGGACAAAUUAGGAGAAAAUGACAUGCUUCAGAGAAUAUUUGAAUUGGAAGAAAAUUUCAUUUGCUCUAUUUCUGUUUUUAUUUUUUGGUGAGGAAGAUUGGCCCUGAGCUAACAUCUGUUGCCAACUUUCCUCAUUUUGCUUGAGGAAGACUAUUGCUGAGCUAACAUCCCUGGCUAUCUCCCU